CUGUCUUCUCGUUUCGGCUGUUUCCCGGCUCAUGACAAGGUUCUGCCUAAGGCCGCUAUACUAGCUCUGCCUUUGCCCGGUAAUUCGGAGCAAAGAUUCAGUAGCCAUCACCAACUACCAAAACCCAUCCCUCCCAAUUCAACCUCCAACACCGCCAAAAUGACUGCUGCGUGGAGAGCCGCUGGUCUUACCUACAACCGCUACCUGGCCAUCGCCGCCCGCGUUGUCCGCCGAAGCUUGAAGGAGGACAAGAGAAUUGCUGCCGAGCGCCGAGGCGAGAUGGAUUUGCGAUUCUCCAAGUGGCAGAACGGUAAGCAGGGUGAGCCCAAGAACCUCGCCGCUGCCAACGCCGCCAUUGCCGCUGAGAACGCUGCUUAAGCAGAUCGAUUUGGGAAUGAUUGCGCGUGGGAUAAUAGAAGCGUGGCGCUCGAAGGGGUUGCUCGGUUCAGAUGAGAUGGACUUAUUCCUCAGCCGGAUGCAUACACCUGGAGCCACUGUACCAUAACGAUUGUUGCAAUGUAUCAAUCAAAUUCAAAACUACGACUGCAAUUGGAGGCAAGAAUGGAAUUGCUGGUGAAUCAAUGUUGUGAUGUAAAUGAUU